GAUGCUGUUAGUCUCUUCCAUCGAAUGAAUGAGUCCUCUUCCUUCAGUCGUUUCUCUUUUUCGAGAAAUGCGGAUAUUAGGUAUCCCAAUUAAUGAAUUCAUGUUGAAUAUUUUGAUUAAUAAUUAUUGCUUGAUGCAUCGUGUUGAUUGUGCAUUUUCGCUGUUACCCAUUCACUUGAAGAGUGGCAUUCCACUGAAUGUUGUCACCUUUACCACUCUAAGGGAAUUAUUUGCUGAAAAUAAAGUCACAGAUGCAGUUGUCUUGUUCAAAAAAUUGGUGAGAGAGAAGAUCCUUGAGCCGAAUGAAGUCAUGUAUGGAACCGUCAUGAAUGGACUCAGCAAAAGGGGACAUACUGAGAAGACUUUAAGUUUGCUUCAUUUAAUGGAACAAGGGAGCACUAAGCCCGACACAUUUAAGUACAACAUUGUCAUAGAUGCCCUUUGUAAAGAUAGAAACUUAGAUGCUGCUAUCAACCUGCUGAAUGAGAUGAAGCAGAAAAACAUUCCUCCAGACAGAGUCACAUAUAAUUCAUUAAUUGAUGGUUUGUGUAAACUUGGUCUGUGGGAAAAGUUUAAGACUUUGUUCUCUGAGAUGGUGAAUCUUAAUAUUUAUCCAAAUGUCAAUACCUUCAACAUACUAAUAGAUGGACUAUGCAAAGAAGGGAAAGUGGAAGAUGCCGAGGAAGGAAUGAAAUGCAGGGUCGGAAAGGGUGUAGAGCCUGAUAUAAUCACCUACAAUGCGAUAAUGGAUGGAUAUUGUUUGCGUGGUCAAGUGGAUAGAGCAAGGAGAAUUUUUGAUAUAAUGAUAGAUAAGUGCAUUGAACCUGACAUUAUUAGCUAUAACGUACUAAUAAAUGGAUACGGUAAGAAAAAGAAAGUGGCCAAGGCCAUGCAAUUGCUUGGUGAAAUUUCUCAAAGGGGAUCAAAACCUAAUACUGUUACCUACAAUACUAUCUUGCAAGGUCUGUUUGUUGUUGGAAGAAUUGGCGAUGCAAAACGAGUUUAUGCCGAGAUGCUAUCUAGGGGGCCUGUACCUAAUUCAUCCACUCAUCGUACAUUGCUCAAAGGUUAUUUUAGGUAUGGACUUGUUGAAGUUUAUUUUAGGUAUGGACUUGUUGAAGAGGCUAUGUCACUCUUUAAUAAGUUGAAAAUAAAUAGAGAAGAUACUGAUAUUGAACUUUACAAUGUUGUCAUUAAUGGAUUGUGCAAAAAUGGUAAACUGGAUGAAGCUCAGUCUGUUUUUGAGAAUCUUUCUUUGAUUGGAUUGCCUCCGGAUGUGAGAACAUACAAUACAAUGAUAACUGGAUUUUGUAUACAAGGAUUGUUAGAUGAAGCUAAAAGUAUGCUAAGAAAAAUGGAGAAGAAUCGUUGUUUGCCAAACAAUGUCACUUACAAUGUGUUUGUGCAAGGAUUUCUCAAGUGGAGCAAAUUUAGUGAAAUGAGAACUUUUAUGAAGGAAAUGGCUGAUAGGGGCUUCUCUUUUGAUGCAAGUACAGCUGGAUUUUUGCUAAACGUAGUAAGGGAGAAUCCUUCUGUCCUUGACAUGAUACCAGAGCUUCACUCGAAAAAUAACUAUUGAAUAUUUGUUUUGGUUGGUUUAUUGGGCUAUGCUAUCACUGUGAUACAAUUUCCUUUCAUCCCUACAAAAGAUAUGGCAUCCAAUGCAAUUGCAAAAGGUGAUGACAAAUAGAGCAUUGCUUGAGCUUUCUAGGCAGCCGUAUUGAGGAGGAAAGUCAUAGAACUGGGAAGAUUAUCCAAGUAACGGACAUUGCGGACUUUUUGACAGAAGAGGUUCAUAUAUUUGUUUGUCGGUAUUGGAGCAACAACAAAGAACGGUUGGAAAGCCUUAUAUUUAUUUCAUCAAUAUUUUGAAAUGAUAGGCGUUAUGAUGUUGGAGAACUUAUGAUUUGGAUGAAUAGGAACAUUUUCAGUCAAAUCUUGAGAUCUUACCUGUAUAGCUUUCUAUUUCAAGUUUACUUUGAUGAGUUUUGGAUCAUUUGGGCUUAAUCUAGAGUCGGUCACAUGUUAGGGGUGAUUUACAAGAAUGGAUGUGGAAGUGGAUGGUCUUGAACUUUUCACCACACUUGUCCCAUGUGCAAAACUUCAAGUUCAACAAGUUUUGACUUUCACCUCGAAAGGUUUGUCCUUUGAGCAAUUGGAGGUUAAAAGUUUCAAGGCCACCUUUUUUUAAGGUCAUCGGGUGUAAUUCCCUCCAUGUCAAGGGGAGAUGGAUUGGAUAACAUUUUCUAUUUAUUGCCUUUUCAAUUUCUCCUCUUACCUUUGUUGCGCUACACUUAGCGUCAAGAGCUUGGUGUUGUACUAGUAUUUCUUGAUUUUUUAUCUUGUAGUGUUUUUGUAACUAGUAUUUCCUCUUUGAUCAACCAUGAAAGUGAAUCUAUCAUAUGAGUUUUUGUUGGUUAUUACCUUCUUCACUGUUUCUUU